AUGUUAGAAAACAACAAAGUCACACUCCUUGAGGGAAGAAUUUGGAUUGAUGGAUGUUUCGACUUUGCUCAUCAUGGUCAUUCCGGUGCGAUGUUGCAAGCAAGGCAGCAUGGAAACGAACUUUAUGUUGGUGUUCAUUCGGAUGAUGCUAUUUUGAAGAAUAAGGGUCCUCCUGUGAUGACUCUUGAGGAAAGAUUAGAAGCCGUGAAAGGAUGUCGUUGGUGUACUAGAGCAAUCCCAGGAGCUCCUUAUGUGACGGAUCCAAAGGUCUUGGAUAAAUACAGAUGUAAGUACGUUGUUCAUGGCGACGAUAUCACAACGGAUGCCAACGGUGAAGAUUGUUACAAAGCAGUUAAAGACAUGGGUCGUUUUAUCGUCGUGAGACGGACACCCAAUAUUUCGACUACGGAUCUUGUUGGCAGGAUGCUUUUGUACUCGAAAGAUCACUUUCUGCCUAAGGUGACGGCUGAUGAUUAUAAUAGAUUCUUUAAAGGUCAGCCUAUUUCCAAUCCUAUGCUCCGACCGGAUGCUAUAUCGAGAUAUAAAGCGUAUGCAACCUGCGAAGACGGUAUGAACCCGGGUGUGGCUGUAUUCUUAUAUACCACUGAGAAUGACCAAUUACACGAAAUUGUGAAGCCCGAUAGAAGCAACUGGCUACCAACGAGGCAAAUAUAUUACAUAGAUGGAGGCUUCGAUUUGUUUUCGCCGGGUCAUAUCGUUGCUCUAAAGACUCUAAGAAGUAUAGCGGACGAAAACAAUGCAUUAGUAAUUGUCGGUGUUCAAGAUGAUAGCAGUGUGAAUGCCCAUAAAGGGCUGAACUAUCCAGUAAUGAAUUUAUUCGAACGUUCACUAUGCGUUUUGCAGAGCAAGUAUAUCGAUGGGAUUGUGAUAUCGGCCCCUUACAAACCAACAGCUAAAUAUUUGCGCCUGCUUCCAAUGAAAGUCAGCAAGGUGUUUCACGGUCCAACGCGAGAAAAGGAUGAUCCAUAUGCCGAGGUUAAAUCACUGGGUCUCUACGAGCAACUGGGACGACACAAAUACGACAAUUUAACCACCGAGGAUAUUGUUGAGAGAGUUCUUAAUAACAGGAAGUUGUAUGAGGAGAGACAGAAAAGAAAGGGAUGGAAAGGUGAGAAAGAAAGGGAAAUGGAAAAAAUCGAGCAGAAUUUAAGCCGUACCUGA